AGUUUCGUCGCCACUCAAUCCAUACAAAAAAAAUUCACAUUUCUCUCUCCCUCCCAAUCCCAACAUCCCACAACAAAUUAACACAAAACAUUCCGUUAUGUGCAGCGACGCCGAUCACGGCGGCGCCACCGCGCUCGCCGCCAUCCACCCCGACAUAAUCCAGUCGCACAUCCUGAACCGGCUGGACGGCCCCACCCUGGCCUCCACCAGCUGCGCCUCCGCGCAGUUCCUCUCCCUCUGCGCCGAGGACCUCCUCUGGCGCCAAAUCUGCAACGCCACGUGGCCCUCCACCGCCCACCCCACCGUGCGCGCCGCCAUCUCCGCCUUCCCCUCCGCCCACCGCUCCUUCUACUCCGACUCCUUCCCCGCCGUCGCCCGCCAGGGCGGCGCCUCCCCCCUCCGCCGCCGCGCGCCGCCGCAGCAGGCGACGCAAACGCUGAUCUCCGCCGUGGACGUCUACUGCGACGACAAAUUGAUCUACUCGCGCGUGAAGGAGACGGAGACGCGCUCCGGUUGGUUCCAGAGCUCCCCCUUCAGGAUCGACCUGGUGGACCCCAAGGAGGCCGUGGCGGCGCCCCUCCGAUUCGACGGCGAGGACGGCGCGUGCAUGGAACUCGCCAGGGAGCGCCUCCGCCUGAGCUGGAUCCUCAUCGACCCCGCCAAGGGGCGCGCGGUCAACGUCGCCAGCGCCGCCGCCGUGGAGGCGCGGCGCCACUGGCUGACGGAGGACAUACAGCUCCGCUACGCCACGGUGGUGGACGCCGGGAACGGGGAGCUGGUGCAGUGCGCCGCCGUGGUGACCUGCGGCGGGAAGGACGGCGGCGAGCUGCAGGUGAGGGAGAUCAGCAUGCAGGUGGAGGACAUGGAGGGGAAGAUCCUCACCGGGUCCCACAGCCUGGGGAUUCUGGACGCCGCCAUGGAAGGCCGGAGGCUGAAGAGCCACGUCGGGAUGCAGAGGGAGGCGUACCAGAUGUUCCUGAGGAUGAAGAUACAGUCUAGAGAGAGAAAGCAGAGGAGAGAGAGGAGCUUGGACAUAGUGUGCAUAGCUGCCGGAGUCGCUAUUUUUGUCGCCAUUUGGACAUUUCUCUUGUCCAGAUAAUUAUUUAUUUUAAUUUUUUUGGAGUUGUGUAAAAAGAAAAGAGAAGAAAACUGAAAUACAGUUAAAAUAGGUAAAAAAGGGUGUGAAAGUGAAAACCUAGAAAAAUUAAUAGAGAAUUCAGAAAAGUCGAUAAUAUUAUUUUAUUCA